UGUCCAUUCAAGGAUCAGGGAUGUUCAGUCCAAGUUGAACGACAAGAUGUCGAUAAACACGUACRARACAACAUGGCUGCACACAUGAUGUUACUGGCCAAACAAUGUUCAUCGCUCACUAAACAGAAUUCAUCACUCACCGAACAAAACACGAUACUUACGAAACAGUGUUCGUCCCUUGCUAGCCAGUGCGCCUUUCUAACCGAUCGAUGCUCGUCGCUUGACCAAAGGAAUUACGAGCUAGUCCGAGAACUAGAUUCAAUUAAAAGUAAAGUAUUGAAAUUUGUGAUAUAAAAAGGAACGCGAUAUGCCUAUAAUCGUAACUUGGAGAAUACCGCCACCCGGUUAGCUCAGUUGGUAAGAGCGUCGGUCUGUUGUGCGGGAGGUCGUGUUUCAAGCCUCGGCCGGACCAACACUCGGGGUCUUAAAAUAACUGAGGAGAAGGUGCUGC